ACACGCAGUAGCACACCUGCAUCACCGCGCAAUGCUGAUUAAUGCUUACCGACCGCCGGAAACAUUACAGGCUGUUGGUGCGUGCGUCAUAAUUUUACCGUCUGGUGAGAGAUGAACGUUUUAAUUUUAAUUAAUGUUUAAAAGAUGACGUAUUUGUCAAACAGUCGUGUUGUUUAGUUGCCGGUUAUCGACACCCUCUCCCUUCCUCCUCGGUUGCCCCCCCUGUGAAUUGGUGAGGAGGAUGAGGAGGAGCUAGGCGCAGAUGUUUACUGCCUUUAGACAAGCCAAAGUUGGUCUCACAGACCCGAAACACGGCACAUGUGAAGCUACCCGCCCCACUGGAGGAGAGAAAGCCCGAGAAAGAUUAUUCCAGUGGAGGAUCAGUCCCAGGAACCCGCAAUGCCUGAAACCUGCACAUUCUUAGCCUUCCAGUGACACCCCCACCUCCUUUUCAUUCAUCGUGCUUUCCACCCUGCUUCUCAUUUGACCAGUAUUUAUCCCUUUACCCUGUCUCAGAGCCUGGUGCUGCCAGGAAUCAGUCUGUCCUCAUUAGAGUUCCACAUCAGUCCCCUGAUACCUCCCCUGAGUGGAGGCCCAGGGCUGUAAAUCCUUCAGAAUGGUUGCUGAGGCAGACUCAGCGUCUCAGGGCAGCGGUGUGAGGCUGAAGCAAGAGAUUUCCCUCCUCCAUGGCGUCUGUCUCAUUGUAGGAAAUAUGAUAGGCUCUGGCAUCUUUGUCUCACCUAAGGGGGUUCUCAUGUACACAGGCUCAUUUGGCAUGUCUCUUGUUGUCUGGGCCAUUGGUGGGGUAUUUUCUGUGUUUGGAGCAUUAUGCUACGCCGAGCUAGGCACCACCAUCCGAAAAUCUGGAGCCUCCUACUCCUACAUCCUUGAAGCCUUCGGAGGGUUUUUAGCUUUCAUUAGAUUGUGGACGUCAUUGUUGAUAGUGGAGCCAGCCUGUCAGGCAGUGAUAGCUCUGACCUUCUCAAACUACCUGGUCCAGCCUUUCUACCGCACCUGUUUAGCCCCUUAUGACGCCGUCCGCCUCAUCGCUGCUGCCAUCAUAUGUCUGCUGACUUGUGUGAACUGCAUGAAAGUGAAAUGGGGUGCUAUUCUCCAAGUCAUCUCCACUGUAGCCAAAGUCCUGGCUCUGAUAGUCAUCAUCAUUACUGGCCUGGUGAAGCUGGGACAAGGCUUCAACCAGAACUUUGAGGACUCAUUUAAAGGAUCCAAGCUGAACCCAGGGGACAUGGCCCUGGCCCUUUAUUCAGCCCUGUAUUCCUACUCCGGCUGGGACACACUCAACUUCAUCACAGAGGAGAUCAAAAACCCAGAGAGGAAUCUGCCUUUGUCCAUCGCCAUCUCCAUGCCCAUUGUCACAGUGAUCUACAUCUUGACCAACGUGGCUUACUACGUCGUUAUGGAUGUAGACAAAGUUCUCACAAGCGAAGCCGUCGCCGUGACUUUUGCAGACGAGGUGUUGGGCUGGGGUCGUUGGCUGAUUCCUCUAUCUGUGGCCAUUUCCUGCUACGGAGGUCUCAACUCCUCCAUCAUUGCUGCCUCCAGGUUGUUUUUUGUUGGUUCAAGAGAAGGGCACCUACCUAACGUCCUGUGCAUGAUCCACAUAAAGCGUUUCACCCCCAUACCUGCCCUGCUUUUCAACGGUGGAAUGUCUCUGAUCUACCUUUCAGUGCCUGAUGUAUUCCAGUUGAUCAACUACUUCAGUUUUAACUACUGGUUGUUCAUUGGACUGUCAAUAGCCAGCCUGAUUUACCUUCGCAUUACAGCUCCAAAUCUGCACAGACCUGUGAAGCUGUCUCUGUUCUUCCCCAUUGUUUACUGCCUGUGCACAGUAUUCCUGGUGGUGGUUCCCCUCUACAGUGACACAAUCAACUCUCUGGUGGGGAUUGGUGUGGCGCUGUCAGGUGUACCAGUAUACUUCAUUUGCAUCCACCUACCGCCAAGCUCCAGACCGGCCAUCCUCAGCAAACUGCUUGAUAAGCUCUGCCUUUCCACCCAGAAACUGUGCAUGUGUUGUGUGGCCUCGCCGGAUAUCGACCUGGACAACGUAGACCUAGAAAAGAUGGAAUGAGGGAGCAACAAAGGACUUGUGUGGAGCGCUCUAUAGAGAGAUGGCAGAGGAGGAUUGAACACAAAGGAAGCUUAGAGCUCCAGACAAUCAGGAUUUACAUGAGUGGAGCUUGAUUGAUUUUUGAAGUGGAGCAAUGGAGAGAUGAGCUCCACACGCUUCUACUCCUCCUCAUAUCUCACACAUGAGCAACAUGAAUAAAGGAGCAAGAUUGAAACACGAGUACCCUCCUACAAAUGGCACUACACUGACUAAAUCAGCAUGGAUUGGGCACCUUCUCAUGCUGUUACACAAUGCAGUUGUGGUUGUGCACUUGGCUCCACACUGGCCCACACACUGCACCUCACUCACACACAUGAGCUGACAGAAAGCCUUAAGGGGAAACUGCAGCAAAAAAAAACUACCUGAUCCAGAAGGAAUGGACUCCACAAAGAUGCCUGCAGGGAUUAAGUCACAAGCAGCACACUAUUUCAGAGUCACAAGUGGAGUUUGUGUAUGUUCAUUGUGUGCCUCACAUGUGCUGUAUCAUGGUUCUUAUGUCAAAGCUUUGGGUUACAGUAGCUCAUGUUCAUAUGUUGAACAUGAGCAUGGAUUAUUCAAAGCCCUUUUUAGCCUUUUGAAAUUGAAGCUUGUGACUUUCAUCAAAGAUUGUACCUGGAUGGGUCCAAGUCAGCCAAACAGACCCCUGCGUUUCCUUCCUCUUUGAACACUAUCAAAGGCCUUAAGAUCAUACAAUUAUAAAAUAGAAAAACGUAAGUUAAUUAACAUAGAAAAAAAGCAUUUUUUUCAAUCUGAUUGUCCACAACACCUAAGAUUUACAAGCUUAAGAGGUAGGAUCUGGCUCAAGACCCUUCCACUGUUGGAGUGUAGAGGCUCUUCAGGGAUUUUGGGAGAUUAUUUUAGAACUAAUUAAUUUAUUACAGGUAGUAAAAUUAAGAAGUAAGGGUUACAACAUAGACUGCAUGGAACAUUGCCGCUGGAUCUCUUAAAACGGGCAAGUUUCAGUUCAUGACACACAUACUUUAAGCUUUAAUCUGAUUCAUUACUGGACUGAAGGACCAAGCAGACAGGUGUAAAGGGUCAGUAGUUACGGUAUAGAUAAGGAGUAAAGUACUAUUUACAAUGUGCUCUUAAUGUCUGCAGUUUUAAUAAGCUUUCAUGGGAUGUGCCAGUUGACUUUGAAUGUCUUUUUUUCUUUUCAAGCUGUAAUCCUAAAAGGAAUACGAACAGGAAAACAGUCACCAUGUUUCAUGCUGCUUCUGUUCCAGUGAUUCAUGCUAAGUAUUUGUUCCCUUCAGUGCAUCUUCAGGGCAUUUGUAGUUUGUGGUGCCUCCUAGUGGUAGCUACAGUGAACCUCCAAGGACAAGCUACAUAUUUGUCAUAUAAGAGUCCAUUGACAAUUAGAGUGUUUUUUUUUUUAAGCCUUUUUUACACAAGCUGGUGGGAAGGUUGUGACUUAACAUACUCAAUUAAAGUACCAGUACCUCUAAACUGCUUCAGUGCAGGACUUGACUAAAGUACAUGGAUGCAAAGAUUAUAAGUACCUAGUUGAUUUUCAUGACACUAGGUUGUGUAAACUCUUCUCUGAUUUAAUGCUCUAGCUGUAUCACAUUUUCAAUGAAGUACAAAUGUGAUUGUUUCCAUACAAAGCAAACGUACCUGCUAGACUCUUGUUCUCUUCAGAAUGGGCUCAUUGUAGAUCCAAACCUCAGGAUCAACCAUGUUAAUGUGCACAUUUAUUGAUAAUAUUUAUUAUCUCCUUUUUUUACACACACACCUAUCUGUGGAGUUCGUAUCAGAGAUAUGAUAUUUAAUGUAAUGUUGCCUUUUGAAUUUAUCACAAACUGAAAAACCAUUUAUUCUCAGUGCACAACCAAAAGGUCUGUUCCAGACUGGACUGUCUGUGUGCUCAGAGUUCACUGAGCUUGUAGCAAAGUGUCUGUUUUCUGGUGAGACCACCAUAGCUGAAAUGUGUGGAACCACAGGUAGAACUAGUCUGACUUUGAUGUUUUUAUGGAACUGUAGUCUUAAUGAACUUGUAUGUGCCUUCUGUGAGAAUUGUCUAUCAAAAACCCCGUCUAUUUUUAAGAUUGUGGCAUGUGGCUUUUGUGUACAGUGUCUAGAGCACAAGUAAAUUACACCUUGCUGCAGGGCUUGUUGUAGGAUUGAAAAAUAUAUUUCAGGUCUUUUUGAAAAUCUUUAAAACCAGUUAAACCAAUGAAGCAGCUUCAUGUUUUUUGUACAAGUCACUUUAAAACAUCAAGUCUUUGGAUUGAACCAUGUUUGACUGCCUUGACAAAAGCACUUGCACAACACCAGUCAAUUGAAUACCCGUGAAUUGUUGGUCUCUCUGGGAUUUAAGUCUUGAUUUCAGCUAGUCCCUUUGCUAUGUGUGCCUAUCAAGAAAACCACCAUGUCUGCAGUAAACUGAACAUUUCCAGUGUAUUAUCAAACGUGAAGUUAUUAUAUACUCAAAAAACUUGAAUGUUGUGGUUUAAUGAGCGUUGGGUACCAAAUGUGUGUUGUUUCUAGUCCUGUUUGUUAUGUCUAUUUGUUGAAUUGUGUUUUAAUGUGCUGGCUUUGUUGACUGUUCUUAUUUAUCGUGUUCUGGACAGACGUGAGUUUGGAGAAAUAUUAUUUUUCACAGUGUUUUAAUCAAAUAAAGGCAAUUUCCAAUGUGCA